GGCGGAGUCACGUCACAGCCGGCGCUGCCGCCCCGCCCGCGCCCCGCGCCUUCGGCCCGGCUGCCGCAGGUCUCCUCUGGAUUCCUGGUGGGGUGAAAGCUGCGCGUGGCUCUCCACAGCUGCAGGAUUUGGUGUCCCCACUCACGUGGGCUCCCUGGUCUGUGGCUGUGUCACCUGUUUUCCUGUUCAGCAUUUCCUUGGAUGAUGGUGCUCUGUUUUCUGAGCAGAGCCCUGCCACGAGCCAGGCAUUCACCCAGCCCACUGGGGAGACAACUCUGCUCAGCCAGCACGAAUAAGCCAGUGCUGACGUUAUUCACCAAGAAACCAUGCCCUCUGUGUGAUGAAGCAAAAGAAGUUCUUGAGCCAUACAAGAGAAGGUUUAUUCUGCAGGAGGUGGAUAUUACCCUUCCAGAGAACUCGGCAUGGUAUGAUAAAUACAAAUAUGACAUACCUGUUUUUCACUUAAAUGGGAAGUUCCUCAUGAAGCACCGAGUCGACGUUCAAAAGUUUGAGGACCGACUUAGGAAGGUGGAGCUGCAAAGUGAGGGAAACCAGUGAGGAAAAUGCAGCUGCUCUGAUGCAGAUCUCGAAGGUGAAAAGAACAUUUGUGGAAAAAACCCAUAUUCUUUAUCUGGCCUUAAAUUUCUUAGGACACAUGAGUCUGAAAAACUUGAGUGACUUGUGUUCUGUUUUGCGUUAAUCAGCCAGCCCAGCUGCACCAGAAGCCACCUUUUCUGUGCUGUUCAUUUGCUGCUCUCCUGGGCUGGUGUUUUCACUGACAGAAUAACAGCUGUUCCACAGCAGCAGAUAAAGUAAACUCUGUUUGUAUGGGGUUGCCAUGGCCAGGUUUGGGUAGUGGGGGGUGUUACAGGGGUAGUUUUUCUGAGAAGCUGCUGGAAGCUUCCCCUGUGUCCAUCUGUGCUAGCCAGCUCCAGGAGGGAUCCUCUGGCCACAUCUGAGACCUUCGGUGAUGAGGAGGAAGAAGGAGAGAAUGUUUAAUAAAAUGACCACAAACCCAGUUCUCCAUCUCCCUGAGCCACUGAGGGGAAGGAGGAAGAGAAAAUUGAGAGUAAAGUUAAGCCUUGGAGGAAGCGAAGGGUGGGACAGAGGAGUUUGUAAGAUUCAGUUUCUUUUUGUCUUUAUCCUACUGUGAUUUGAUUGGUAAUAAACUAAUUUCCCUAA